AGAAAAGUGCUACCAACUUUCUAAUUUAGUUUUUAUCAUCUUUCUGAUGGCUCAUCGGUAGUUGAGAAAUCAGGAAAUAGAUGGGUAUCAAGAAAAUGUGGCGGUAUUACGAAAGGGAAGAACUGAUAAAUACACCAUCUUUCAAAGAUGGAAUCGAUGCCAAAACCGAAUUUCGAUACCGGUCAGAGGGUGUCAAAUUCAUUAGAUUUAUUGGGGCAAAAAUGGAUUUAGGCUACAACACAAUUGCGACAGGAGUUGUUUUCUUUCACCGUUUUUAUAUGGCCCAUUCUUUCAAAGACUUUCCUCGAUAUGUGACUGCAUGCAGUUCCCUCUUUCUAGCCGGAAAAGCAGAAGAAACUCCAAAACGAUGCAAAGAUCUUGUGGAGGCAGCAAAAUCUCUCUUAACCGAAGAUGUCUUCAAAACCUUUGGCGAUAAUGCUAAAGAAGAAGUAAUGACAUUUGAAAAAGUUCUGUUGAAGACAAUCAAUUUUGAAUUUAGCGUAGAACAUCCCUACAAAUUUUUGUUAAAAUAUGGAAAAUAUCUGAGGGGCGAUAAGGCGAAGGUCGAAAAAGUGGUACAAAGGGCGUGGAACUUUAUGAACGACAGGUAA